GUUUCAUUGUGAAAUUGUUUAAAGUGUCAAGCAACACAGUGACAAGCGAGUCAUUUGCUCUUCGUGCUGAAAAGUUUCAGCUAUCGAGCUCUGUAACCGCGUUGCCAUGGUGACGGCACAGUUGACCGUUGAGCUUCCUAGUCGGUAUACAAUCUACGGUUUGUAUACCUGUUUGUUUACUUUAAGAAGACAGGACGCAGCAACUAAUUUUUUAAAUGGAGCUCAUUGGAAGCAGUUACAGAGGAGAUACGAAAAAUGGCAGGAUGGAGGGGAGAGGAGAGUACACCUUUCCCACAGGGAGCAAGUAUGUGGGAGAAAUGAAAGAUGGGAUGUUCCAUGGCAAAGGAGUGCUACACUUUCCAAAUGGAAGUAAAUAUGAGGCCACCUGGGAAAACGGCACAUCUAGACAGGGAUCAUUCACCUUUGCUGAUGGUCUGCAGUACCAGGAGACGGACUGGGACUACUGCAACGGUUACGACAGGCGCUUCUACAGCGAGAGGUGCAAUGGACUCAGACCUGCAGGAGAAUCUCAGCUAACUGAUCUGCAUCCUCCACGUGUCAUUCCUGAUGGGUGUUACGAUUGUGGAGAUGGUUUCUAUGACCCCACCACCAGGGUCAUUACUUCCUACUUGGGCAGAUUCCUCAGGAAUGCAGAUGACUCGGAACAUGAGUGGAUUGUGCGGACCUGUCGAAAAGCGUGGGAUGAGGUUGUUGGCGUCCCUCCUGAAAAAGUCCCCACAUCUGUUGCAGCUAGACCCGAGGAGACCAGUAACUUCAAUCUUUAAUACUAUUUUAAAAUUUUCACUUGUUAAUUUUUAAUUUAGAGGCAUAUUAAAACUAUAGGAACUGUCUUUGUUAUGUCUUUGAUUUUAUGUAAGUCAUAUGAGGCCUAAUAAAUGAAAAAUAUUAAA